AUGAACCGAUUUGCGAGCGCGCUCUUCCUUUUGAUGAGCUUGGGAUCGAAAGCCCAGAGUUUACAUGAUCGGGCCAUGGUCUAUGGCUUUGACAACGUGAGUUCGCAAAUUGAACCAUCAGCCAACCUCACAUGGACACCAUGUUUUGAUGCCUUUGGUUGUUCCAGGCUGGAAGUUCCUUUGGACUAUGCGAACCGAAGUCUUGGUACAACGUCGAUUGCCUUCAUCAAGCUGGCUGGCAAAAAUGCAACCGUCGAGUCUCCAAGUAUUGUACUCAUACCUGGCGGCCCCGGUGGUUCUGGUGUCGACCUCCUCCUCACGUACCAGACUCUCGUGGGACAAAUUUUUGGAGAGCAGUACAACUUCGUCUCCUUCGAUCCUCGCGGUGUGAACAACAGUGGCUUGCAUCUAGACUGCUUCUCAGGGGACGCAGAAGCAAGAUCGGCUUUCUAUCGACUACACAGAACAGGCGCUACCAAUGUUUCGUCGACAUCGUUGGAGGAACAGUACUAUUCAAGCUCGAUCUACGGCGAGUGGUGCAACAAUGCCGUGAAAAGCCAGUCACCACAUGCGUACCAUGUGACUACGCCCGCCGUUGCUCAUGAUUUGCUCACAUUCACCGAAGCCGAGGCUGAGGUGGCCGGUCAGUCACCGUCAGCCGCCAAAUUGUGGUGCUAUAGCAUUAGCUACGGGACUGUCAUCGGAAGCACUUUCGCUUCCAUGUUUCCUGACCGAGUUGGAAGAAUGGUGCUCGACGGAGUCAUGAACGCAGAGCAAUACUACAACGACUAUUGGACGGACAAUGUCGAUCAAAUGGACGAGGCCAUGGAAACAUUCUCAACCUUCUGCCACUCCGCAGGCCCUGCCAAGUGCUCGUUUUGGGGGCCCACAUCGGCCAACAUCACGGCGAGGAUGGGUGGCAUCAUCCGUCAGCUUCAGAACCAUCCCGUCCCGCUGAGCGGCGUCGGCGAUCCAGGUUCGCUGCCGACAAUGGUCACUUACUCAGAUUUGAAGACUCUCUUUCUCAACACGCUCUACACCCCACUGGCAAGUUUUCCUAGCAUGGCUGAUAUACUAGAUGAAGCCGAGAAGGGGAACUUUUCCGCUCUUGCAGGCAUGUACGACCAGUCAAAUUCUAUAACCGAUGCCCGGCUCGCUAUUACCUGCACCGAUUCGUAUCGGAGAAACAAGCUUACUACCAUUGAAGAGUUCAGGACUUGGGCGGAAUACACGAUUUCCAAGAGCAAGUACAUCGGUGAUAUCUAUCCAAUCUAUCUGGAAGGAAUCUUCGCAUUGAAGACGCCUACGUCCUUCCCGAUCCUCUUUGCGAGUAACACCAUCGACCCUAUAACGCCGCUGAUCUCGGCGCGCAAGAUGUCCUCUCGGUUUGCCGGAUCAGUACUUUUGAUGCAAGAAGCCGUUGGUCAUACGGUCAUUGACCAAGGCGCGUCAGACUGUUACUUUGCAAAGAUUCAGGCGUACUUCCAAGGCAUAGUUCCGUCAGCGAAUACUACCUGCCCGCGGCAGUACACCCCUUUCAUAGAUGCAUCUCCAUUCUAAUGGUUGUCCAAAGAGGUGAGGAGGAGAGGGGAAGUUCGGGCACUUCCAGGAAAGGAUUUAUCAGUGCGAGACAAGUGCUGGAUUUUCAAAGUAUGUGGCUC